UGCUUUGCUCCCACCCUGCAGUUGGAUUUGAGAUCAUGUCGGUUAAUAUUGUAGCUUUUGGGAAUGAAAGAGAUGGUUUUUCUGAGGACAAUCAGCAACCCAGCCUGAUCUGGAGUUAUCUCGGGAGAAGUGCUCUCAUUUCCCAGAUCGACAGCAGCUUGUCUGCCAGUCACGUUCGAAACCCAGUUUUUACUGAGUAUCAAGCCUGCGUAUUUGGAAAUGUCAGACUGGUGGUACAUGACUGCCCUGUCUGGGGUAUAUUUGACAGUGACUGGUACACUUCCUGCAGGCUCAUUGGAGGAGCUGAUAUUAUUGUGAUUAAAUACUCUGUCAAUGACAAGACUUCAUUUCAAGAACUAAAGGACAGCUAUGUGCCAAUGGUAAAAAAAGCACUAAAUCACUGCUCAGUUCCAGUAAUAAUUUCUGCUAUUGGAGCAAGAAAAAACGGAGUGCCUUGCACCUGUCCCCUGUGCACUUCAGACAGGAGGAGCUGUGUCACAACCUCUGAAGGAGUUCAGCUUGCAAAGGAACUUGGAGCCACUUACCUUGAACUGCACACUCUUAAUGACUUCUACAUCCAGAAAUACUUUGGAGGAGUGCUGGAAUAUUUUAUGAUCCAAAGUUUGAAUCAGAAGUCAUCUCAAAAAAUGAAGAAAAGGAAAAAGACGCAGAAGUGCCAUCGAGUCCAACCACCUCAGCUUGAGCAGCCAGAAAAGAUGCCGAUCCUGAAGGGCGAAGCUUCGCACUACAACGCAGACCUGUACAACCUGCUCUGCUGCUGCCAGUGUGCAGAUGUGGCCUUCUACCCUGAGGACCUCAGCACAGCAGUGGAGGCUCACAAGAUCAUCCUCUGCUCUGUCAGCCACCUCUUCAUGUUGCUCUUUGGGGUGAAGAGACCAUCUGAUGCCCACGAUGCCUCCACCGUGCAGCUGGCACAGAGCCUCUUUGUGGUGGAGGCGGGUGAUCCCUUCCCCUCCUCCCCCCGUGGUGUCCCACCCUGUGUCCCACCAGUCAGGGUGGUGGUGAAGGAUUCUGUCUUCUGCUCUUGUCUCCCGGACAUCCUCCACUUCAUUUAUUCAGGUGCUUUCCAGUGGGAACGAUUAGAAGAGGACAUAAGAAAGAAGCUGAAGGAUCCAGAUAAAACAGAACAUGUGCUUGAGAAAGUUAAAUGCAUCCUGAAAACUCCAGGGAAGCUAAACACUAUAAAAGACUGCAAGUCUCACCAGAUAAAACAGCUCUAUAAUACUUCUCUCAGGCUAUUCUUUAACACACCUGUGCUGGCUGAUGUAAUCUUCAAAAUACAAGGUGCAACUGUACCAGCCCACAGGGCAGUUCUGGUGGCUCGCUGUGAGGUUAUGGCAGCUAUGUUUAAUGGUAAUUAUCUAGAAGCAAAUAGCAUUCUGGUUCCAGUGUAUGGGGUUUCCAAAGACACUUUCCUGUCCUUCCUAGAGUACCUUUACACUGACUCCUGCUGCCCAGCCAGUAUUCUCCAAGCGAUGUCUCUGCUGAUCUGUGCAGAGAUGUACCAAGUAAUGAGACUCCAGCAUAUUUGUGAACUUUACAUCAUCACGCAGCUUCAGAGCAUGCCUAGCAGGGAGCUGGCUUCCACAAGUCUCAAUAUUGUCAGCUUGCUCAAAAAAGCUAAGUUUCACAAUUCUGAUUGCCUUUCAACUUGGCUACUUCAUUUUAUUGCCACUAACUACCUCAUCUUCAGUCAAAAGCCUGAAUUUCAAGAACUUUCAGUGGAAGAGCGCAAUUUUGUAGAGAUUCACCGAUGGCCUUCAAAUUUGUACCUGAAGCAGCUUGCUGAUUACAGGAACUAUAUCCACUCUCAGAAAUGCCACUGCACAGUAAUGUAAAGAGACUGAAU